AUGGUCUAUGAGCCUUCCACCAACUGGACCUUGGUGACUGAGUUCAUCCUCCUGGGGUUCACCAACCACCCAGGCUUGGCUCACCUGCUGUUUGGACUCUUCCUUGUGAUGUAUGCGGUGACACUGGCAGGCAACGGACUCAUUAUGGCUGUGGUGUGGACUGACCCACUGCUCCACAGCCCCAUGUAUAUCUUCCUGGGCAGCCUUUCCUGCUCUGAGACAGCCUAUACUCUGGUGGUGAUACCACGAAUGCUUUGUGACCUGCUGGCGCCCCUCAGGCCUCUUUCCCUGGCCUCAUGUGCCACACAAAUGUUCUUCUUCGUGGCCUUAGGUGUGACCGAUUGCCUGCUGUUGACUGCCAUGGCAUGGGAUCGCUACGUGGCCAUCUGUCGCCCACUGCGUUACGGAGCCCUCAUGAGUCCUCAGAUCUGCUGGGGCCUAGUUGUGAGCUCCCUCUGUGGUGGUUUCGUUUUCUCGUCUUUCCUCACCGGCAUGAUCUUCUCUUUGCCUUUUUGUUCACCCAACCGUAUCCCUCAUUUCUUCUGUGACAUCCCCCCUGUUCUGAGCAGGGCUUGUCCCGGUUAUGGAUCCAUUGAAGUCAUUGUCCCGACUUUAGUGGCCAUGAUACUUAUCAUCCCGUUCUCCUUCAUCAUGCUUUCUUACGGCUGCAUCUUGAUCGCUUCCUUGCGCAUGGGUUCAACUCAGCGAUGCCACAAGGCCUUCUCCACCUGUGGAGCCCACUUGACAGUGGUCCUCCUACACUAUGGGUGUGCCAUCCUCACAUAUGCCAAGCCUAAAAGCAGCUACAUGGAAGGGAAGGACCAUAUUCUUGCUGUGUCUUACACUGUUCUCAUUCCCAUGCUCAAUCCCCUUAUCUACACUCUAAGAAACAAUGAAGUGAAGGGAGCCCUUCGGAAGGUGGUGAGCCGUGGCCUCUGUCACGACGGAUAG